CCACUUAUACAGAUACAACCACAGCCACUGUCCCAACCACAACCACAGCAACAGCAACAGCAACAUAUACACAUACAGUCACAGCCAAUGUCACAGGCACAGCCACUGCCGCAGCUGCUCUCUCAAUUCCAAGCACAGCAACAGCAGCAGUCGCAUGUACAUGUACUGUCACAGCAGCAGCAGCUUUCGCAAGUACAGGCACAGCCACAGCCAAACAGACAACCACUGUCACAGUCACGACCACAGCUGCAGCCACAAAUGCAGCCUCAACCACAGCAACGGCCGCACAUACCAAUGCAGUUGCAACCACAACAACUUCUACACUCAAAGCUGCAGCCACAGUCACAGCCGCAGCCACAUCCACAGUCACAAGCCCAGCUACCCCCACAAAUGCUGCCACGACUGCAUGCGCAAACGCAGCCGCACUUGCAACCACAUACACAGCCACGCUCGCAGCUACAGCAACAGCAGCAGCAGCAACAGCAGCAGCAGCAGCAACAGCAGCAGCAGCAGCAGCAGCAGCAACAGCAACAGCAGCAGCAGCAACAGCAGCAGCAGCAGCCACAGUCACAGUCACAGUCACAUCCGCAGCUGCUGCCACAGCCACAAACAAAGCCACACGCGCACCCACACACACAGCUCCACCCGCAAUCAUAUUCUCACCCUCAACUACGCCCACACGUGCAGCCAACCCCACACUCGCAGCCACCACCACAACCACACCAGCAGCGGCAGCCCCAACCACAGCCACCACAACAACCACAGUCACCACAACAACCACAGUCACCACAACAACUACACCCACCAUCACAGCCACACCAACAACUACACCCACGACCACAAGCAGCCCCACAACUACACCAACAACCACUACAGCUACAUCAGCAGCUGCAACAACCACCACAGCCACGUCAACAACUACACCCACCCCCACAGCCACACCAACAACUACACCCACCCCCACAGCCACACCAGCCACUACACCCACCCCCACAGCCACACCAGCCACUACACCCACCCCUACAGACACAUCAGCAGCAGGCUGCGCCACAGAAGGCAACGGUCGUUCCAUCGACCAAGGGCGACUCCGAUAUUGACGCGGAUUUCGCAGAAGGAGCCGAGGCCAGGCUGCAGCAGCUGUUGGAAGAACUCAAGGGAAAGGUUGAGGACCAAAGCGGAAAGUGAGAACGCAAAAACCAAAGGUGACCGCUAGCCGUAUAGGUAACGGAGAAAGACAAUUCAAAGCUAGCAGGGCAGGUGAAAUAUAAAGCAGAGGUGCACACUCGGGUGUGGACAGGUGACAACUAUAUAUCAUUUAAGUCACGAUGUGCCCGCUUUCAUCUAGCUCGAAGUGCAACUCGCUGUUCUUUUUAUGCGUUUUCUUGGUCGUCAACGUGGCAUUAGAAGAAACUUGAGACCCGUUUUCAAGAAAUUUCAUUCGUAGUUUUAUCGUUAUAAGUCUAACAUGAAGUGAUGUGGCAUGCAAAUGUUGUUGCAUUUGAAAUUUUUCCUAGUAGAUAACUAUUUAUGAUGUUUCUGAAAAUGUCUAAUAUCUAAUUAAAUGCACGAACACCACAUACGGAGGCUACGUUGUGAGCCUGGGGCCCGUGGGCAGAAACAGAAACAUCUAACAGAACUGAAAUGAACAGUAACAGAAAUGAAUCUUAACAUUAAUCUUAACUUUAGUAUUGACUUUUUCUCGUUCGCCGUUGAAAAAAUACACGGCGAAGUUAAACGGUUCUCAUAUGCAGUGUAUAGAGUUGUUCCAGCCUACGAGCAAAAGUUAAUGUUUGGACUAAUAUUGAGACUAAUUUUGUUUCUCACAACGGGCCCCUGGCUUUCUAAAUCCUGGCAGUCAACUAUCGAGGUGACAGCUUCACACUAUGUGAUGAACCAUCUAGGAUGCCCUUCUCAGCUGAAGUUCAUAUAAAAAUGAAGCUGUGAAUUCUGUAUAUUCGACUGUAUUCGUUGUGUGUUCGCGUGCGUUAGUGUCGCUACGAUCUGGCUCGAACGCCAAGAUGUAUUAUUUAUUUUCACAAUUCGCGCAUGUGGUCGCGAAGUUGUUGUUGCCACUCGUGUUUGUACGGCAAGAGCAUAGAAAUAGCAUUCAGCUAGGUGCGAGGCCGUGUUAUACGUGUUCGUACAUUGCUCUCCUACGCCAGUCUGUCUGGUCGUACUCCGCUCCUAGCGUACAUUCAUGCUGUGUGGUAUGUAUAUGACCCUACUACUUCGUGUGGUUACCAUCGUCACAGACGGUUUAAUUUACUGCUGUCAUUGUGACCGUAGGCCGAUGCCGCUGACACAAGAGUUCACGCGAUGGUACUGGCUAUGUCCUUUCACAUUUCCGGCAGUUAAACGUCUGUUCUGUGAUGGGAUGUGCGUCGUAGAAUGCCGUGUUGAGCUAUCGUUUAUUGUCAACCGUGUGGUCUCUCUCUUAUGGUGUAAUGUGUGUGUGUGUGUGUGUGUGUGUGUGUGUGUGCGUGCGUGCGUGCGUGCGUGCGUGCGUGC